AAACUUAUUCUCUCCAGCCAGAGUCUCCAGAGCAGCAGUCCCUUCUCCACCACCAUCAACGGAGGACCAUCCACCCUUCCUUCUCCCGUAAUGUCACUUCUUACCACUCACUCACCCAGCCGAGUAAUACCUGUCCCGUCUCACCCCACUCUCUCCUCGGUCCUACUCUCCCCUCUGGGGUCGUCUCACGCCAGGCCCAACUACGAGUCAUAAGUUCGCCGAAAUUACAUUACCCCAAAAAGUUCGUUUUUUAAGGGAACAAUAACAGUAAAAAAUUAUUACCACGACGAGAUACACUAUCCGAGUCAUUUAAUUAGCGACAACGAAAGCAAUAAAGCAAUUACAGAGAACGACAGCAAUAAACAAAAUUAUUUAUAAAAAGUCAUAAAAUAAAUUAGCAUUAAGAUAUAACGACACUUAUUACACUUAACUUCUUGUCAGCAAUAAGCAACACAUAAAUACACCACACACACUUAUACACUCAGCAAUAAGCGCAAUUUCCACGCAAUAUUUGUGAUCAGUAUGAAAUUAUCUAUGAUUCUGGUGGAAAACAAUGAAUUAGUCUUAAACUGUGAAUAUGUCCGAGAUAAGAUAGAUUAGCUCUGUACAAGGAUUGAAAAUACGUGCCCAGUAAACUGAGAGGAUGAAGUGAGUCUCACCUCCUUUCACUCGUUAUGUUUGGUCAUGUACUGUAAAAUGUGAGCGUGUUUGAGAACUCGAGACAAAAUGUGAAAACCUUUUCCCUCAACUUUUUACCCCCUUCAGUUCAUUCUGUUUAAUUAACACACGACCACACUUCUCCAUUUUGCAACUUGUUGUCAUCCAUCAAUCUAUACGUAACGUUCACCUCCCAAUAUUUCUCCCACCAAACCGAAUCUAGUUACCUUUGGUUAUAGUCAAUCGCAUUCUAAACAUUCCACACUUUUUCCUAGUCAGGAUAAUAAUAAAACUAAGCAAUUCAGUCAACAUGCCACGUUGUCUCAUGGCAAAAAAGUGGAAGUCUCUCGCGUAUGAAAAGUCACAGUCGGAAGAAGCUGCAAAUCUCAACAACAACAACAACCAUUACCACCAUGUCCCCAAGAAACUCAAAUUUUGCCAUGCCCACAUUGACAGUGAGCAGAAUAAUAACAAUACGACGACGGUGGCGAACAACAACAACAGCUCCUCCUCGUCCGUGAUCAUCAAGGGGAAGAAGGUGGGCAGGGAUUGUACGUGGGGACCUGCGAGCCCCACCGAAGGGACAACUGCACCCUCGCCACCUCCCGCGCCCGCAUGGCUACCCGCGCCCACAGCGGGCAAGGUCACAGUUCUCUUCAACGGCUAUCUGCAGGAUUCUCCACCACCCUCGAACUCAUCCUGCUCUUCCCAUGACGACCAAGAUCGCAACACAUCGUCCCCCACGCACCACGUCAUUGUGUCUUCAGCAGAGGGAUCGUCCACGCCCCCGACAAGGCACACGUCUGUAAUUCGCAGUGCACCCCGGUCAUCAUCGGGGACGACCAUCACCAUCCCGCAGUAUUCUUACCCACCUACCCCAACCACACCCACGUCUCGGUUUCACCACAACUACCCAGAAGGUUGUAUUCCACCUCCGAAGAAGAGAGAGUUGUACAGAUGGAAAUAUCUCCCUUUCAGACCAUACUGCCUACCAGAAUCCAUUGAAGCCGUGGCACAAGAGAAGAGACGCUUGCAAAACGUGUGCUCUUCCCUCUUUGAAAGAAAACCUGAAGAUCUUACAACUGCCCAUGCUAUUCUCGACUUGUCCACUUCGCAUCUCAAUUUGCCACCCCCACCACCUCUAAUCUCUGCCCCAGCAGCUCCCUGUCACCCAAGUCAUCAAGCCCAACCACCACCACUGAUUCAUUCCACUUCCCCACCAACCACCACCACCAUCAUCACCACACCCACAGCCACCAAUCAUGGUGCCGGUAAUAAUAGUAAUAACAACAAUUCCUCGUCUGAGCAAAACCUCAACUUUCCACUCGCCACAGUGGACACGAACAAACAGGGGAAAGGAACGAAAAAUAGCAAAUCCGACAAGAAAAAGGCUGCCAACAAGAAGGAGAGCAAAUCUGCUGCUGGGUCUGCGACCACCAUCACCACAGCCUCAUCUUCCACCAACACCCCCACACCCACAGCCACGAAAACUAUUGCCUACACGUACGAAGCGUUCUUUAUCUCGGACGGAAGGUCCAAGAAGAAACAACAGCAACAACAACAGCUAAACAACGCCAAUCCUCCUGGCAGCUCGUCAGCAUCGGCAACCUCGUCGUCCUCGUCCCCAAAGGAAAACGCCAGCUUAUCCCCAGCAACUCCUGUGAAGUUGAACGGCAGUCGCACUAACAGCGCCAACAACAACAACAACGCCGACCUGUGCUCGGACUCGGAAGGGGACACGUUGUCCCUCUCUUCGGGUGUGAGUGGGGGUGUCCACUCGUCAUCUCCAGGGGAUGAAAUCGGACUACUUGGUCCCAAGGAAAAGUCACGCUACACGUGCUCGGAUUGUGGCAAAAACUAUGCGACAUCCUCCAACCUUUCUCGUCACAAACAAACCCAUCGUUCCCUCGACUCACAAGCAGCAAAAAGGUGUCCGACGUGUGGAAAGGCGUACGUAAGCAUGCCUGCCUUGGCCAUGCACAUUCUCACCCACAAUCUUAAUCAUAAGUGUGAUGUGUGCGGAAAAUCCUUCUCCAGACCGUGGUUGCUACAGGGUCAUAUGCGGAGUCACACGGGGGAAAAGCCCUACGGCUGCGCCCACUGUGGAAAGGCCUUUGCGGAUCGCUCCAACCUCCGCGCUCACAUGCAGACACACUCUGCCGCAAAGAACUACGAGUGCAAGCGAUGUCACAAAUCAUUCGCGCUGAAAUCAUACCUGAACAAACAUUACGACUCUGCCUGUUUCAAAGAAGAGAUUGAGGAAGGAGAGGUGGCCACUUUCCACUGUGACAGUGACAUGGAGGACGACGACGAUGACACCCGGAUCAACAUUGAUGACGACGAAGAUGACGAGGAGAACGAGACUGGGGAAGGAAUAAGAGAAUGCAGUAUUGCUCCGGAACCUGAGGUGGAGGUGGAGGUGGAAAUGACCAGCUAAACAACGUUUGUCGGCAAGAGAUGGGGAUUACAUAUACGUAGCGUUCCUUUAGCGGUGGUGGGUGUGGUCUCCUGCUGCACUUGACUUGAAUCCCUCUCUCUCUCUCUCUCUGCCCCUCUCACUCACUCCCUCACACAUCCAACUACGAGUGGGAAUGAACAUCAAAACUUUGUCCCGACAGCAACUUUAUUACUUUCACUUUAGUCAACUUUACCAACUUUCUUCUAUUCAGGAAGAUUACAUUACUCAAUCUGAGAGGUCGGCUGGCGAAUCGGCGGUGUAGCUGUACUCGAUUGAUGCAGCAAACCAACCGACUUGGCUAAACCUUAGCUGAUGACGAUGAUGAAGCAACAACUAUUCCAACAUUUUGUCCGAGCGCAGCAGAGGAUUAGCAGAAAUCAGUCAUUUCCAGCCAGAAACACCCCCAGCGAGGCUCCCUCUUCAAUGAGUUGAUUCGUAAGAAAUUUAACCUUCUGGUCACCUAAACCUAACUACUUGCAUAGCGUAUGAAAACCUCGAUUAUUCCUCAUCUUCAACUGGUGUGCAUGUACAUUGUCUUUUGCAUAAUAGUAAAAAUAUAAUAUUCCAUUUACGAGGAAAGAAGUCAUUUGCGCUGCCCAGCAGACAGUGCAUAUUCCAUUCGAAUGGAAACGAGUCCAUUGCGGCGAAUAAAUAUUUUUUUAAGUUAGUCAACAUUACAUGGUUAUUUUAUAGGAAUUUUUAAUUUAGAUUGUUGUUUUAGCAUAACGUCGGACGUAUUUUAAGUUCAUUUCCUCACGAGGACGGGUAAAAUAAGCCAGAACUUGGUUUCAGUUUGAGCAAGUGCAUGCAUACGCGAGGUGGCAUAAUAUGUAGAAUAUGCCUCAAAAUCUAGCAAUCAUCCAACCACCAUUAAAUGGUCCCCUGAAGUAAUGGUGUUUGCCAUUUCGCAACCCAUAAACUCGGCAAACGGACCAUGUCUGCCGUACUGCGUUGGAUUGAACCAACAACAAACAGCAAUUACAAAACCGGAGCGAUUAGAUUGGCGUAAAUUUAGACUCGAUUAUAAUUAUCCUAAUAAAUUGGGUCGUGAUAUAAGAAAUGUAGUCUUUUGCACCACGAAAUAACAAACUCCCACUGCUGAUACUGUAUGAUUAAUAUUAAUUCCAUAACUCCGUCUGCUCUUGACACUUUGAUUACUCCAAAUGCCCACAAUCAUCCAUCCCACCACCAACCAACCCGGCUGCUAAUUGCCCAUUUCCUCUGAUUUAUUAGAAGAGCCCACCCUUUGCAAUUAUCUUUCCUUCCUUGCAUGCAUCCUACACCCGACAUGGAAUUUAAACAUAAAUAAAUAAUAGAAAUAUUUGCCAAUUUGUGCGGAUGCGUCGUUAACGAACGUUGAAAUGAAAUGCAUAGAAAACCAUUUUUGGUGGAAAUUUAUCAUUUCAAAAGUCAUUUUGCAACACACAAUGAGAAUUCCAUUUAACGUAAGCAAUAACUACUUGGCGUUCAACGAAAGCAAUAAAGUCGCCAAAUGUGCAGCGUUUCGUCCACAACGAAUAAAACUUACCCUCUAAGCUCUACUAGCAUUGGUAGGAAACUUGAACAUAUCACACAGCAACUUAGCAAUACGAAGCAAUAAAAUAUAUUAUAAUAGAGAUUUUAUUAUUAUACUAUAGAUAAAUUAAACUACUAAUUACACCAUUAAAUUAGACUAUUAACUAAAUGCGUAAGUUACGGAGAAAGCAAGAAGAAGGGAGUGAAAGCUCUAGUCAAAACUAGUAUGCGAAAUGGAAAUGUGCAGCAUUUUUAAAGGAAAAUUUACACAUUGUUACUAAGCAUUUCUUCAUCUUAUGUCCUUGCGUUUUCUGCCUGUUGCACCCAGUAAUGAUGCCGAGUGGGAAAAUGCACUUCAUUUUAUUUGCCUUAUUUUCCAACGGGUUCGCCACGGUUCGUUACCCACAUCUCUUUGCAUCAUCCCUUUGUUCUCUCUUUAGGCUGUGGUGAAAGGUCCCUUUGAACUUUCUCCACACACGAGGCUCCACUCCAAUCAAUUAUUUAUUUCUAAGCAACAAUAUGUGUCCUCCACCUCUCUCUCUCUCGGUGCCAUCUCCUCACCAUUUUUUCACCUCCCCCGUAAAUUUAGAGGGUGCAACGAGGCGGGAUAAUUCCUGCUAUUUGUUAUUCCAUUUUCAUACUCAUCUCGUAAGGGAGGACAAAUGAAGGACCUUUUUGGCACCACUGUGCUGUUUGCAUUUAUUUUUCACUCGCUCCCAUUUUGUGUGAAGGUGAAAUAAGUAAAAUUGUUGAUUGUGGCGUGUCGGCAUUUUUAUGUUGUUUUUCUUUUCCUUUUAUCAAGGAUAUGAGCGAGUGCAUGAGGGUUGUUGUUUCACUGAUGCGAAUUCCAGAUAAAGCAGCGUGCAUACAUUUCCAGAAUUUCACAUUUUGUGUAGACGGAGAAAGAUAGUGGUAAAAUCGAUGUAGUUGAAAUAUUUUUCGCCUCCAGUCUAAAACUGAGCGACUCGUCGUCGUCGUCGUCGUCGGCUAGUGUUGGUGGUGGCUGUGUACAAUAUGCAUAUGUAGCUACAUACAUACGUACGUAAAUGUGACUACCGUGAAAGUGGUGGGGUGCCAUACACUUGCAUGCCGGAGUACCGCAGAAGGGAAAAGGGGUGUGCAGUGCUAGUUUAGUUUUUACCAUUGCUAACUAACCGACUGCUCCAAGUAACUCACACAUAAUUCACUUAAUGGCCAAGUGUCUACGUUAAUUGCACCGCAGUUAAAUUAAGUCCCUUUAUAUGCCUAAUAAAAAGAGAAUAUACGUAUGUAUAACGACACGUGAGGCACAAACAUUCCAUUAGACAGCCUGCACACACAUUUUGCCGUCUUCUUCCGAGGAAAUCUAGCAAUAAAAUCCAAUUAAUUAUUGUGCUAAUAAAGAUAGCGUAAAGAAAUGUAGCGUAGGUAGGCAGGUAGGUAGGAAGAAAGGUAUGAAGGUAAAUCAUAACCAAAUUACCAAUCAUUGAUAUUACACCAGAACCACCCGUGGUUUAUCAAAACUGGCAAAUUUAUGGCCUUCUUUGUACUUAAAAGAGAAAACACAGUUUUUCACUUAUUCCUGUACAAAUUUAACAACCUCUUCGUAACUGAAUAAUCUAUCAAACAACUUUAUCUUUACUAGAUACUAUUAACACACAAUCUGCUUUCUCUCUAGAUUUGGGCAUCUUUCGCUCUCUCUCUUUCUCUCUCUUUCUCUGUCUCUCUUCGUAUUCUAACUCUUUCUAAGUGUAUCAUGUACGUAGCAAUCUCAAAGUGCCCCUUUCAUUGUCUCCCAUUUUCUUACCGCUGUCUGGGAAUCUUUAAAAUCUGUCGGUCGCUUCCUCUGUCUUUAUGAAUCUCUGACGAUACUUUCUCGUAGUCUGUGUUUGUCUGUGUACCAACGGGUCGGCAUCUUCUGAAUGCGCUUCUUCCUCUUCUUGACUCGUUCUCUUCGUAGCUCUGUUCUCUACUUCCGCUCCCCUUCCACCAUUUAAAAAUCGUGGUGUCCUUCACACCACGGCCUCUCUUCUCUUUCUCUCUAUUUCUGCACUUUCUCUCAGCUUUCUCGCUCUUAUGAACCUCAAGUCUAAACUCUUAUUCCACUAAAACUCGCUACUGCUCCGCGGUAUCACUGCUUAAUGGCCCAGCUCCUACUAGAUGACUUUCUCUUUCUUUCUAACAAACUCACUCGUCUAAAAACUAACAAGUAUUUCUAUAAAAAAAAGUUUCCUCAAACUAACCAACCAUGCGAUUCCUCUAAAGUAUUAAAAGCGUAGGGCUUGUCUGUAUAGAAACUUUUCUCAUAAUCUCGAAAACAAGGACAAUUUGAUGAUGAUGAUCAACUGUUGAGUCUCUGGGUUUUAAUUUCUCAGGAUUAUACCACAAUUUGCGGGGAUUACCCUUCUUACUUUGAAUAGGAUUUUCCACCAGUGACGGGUGGGAAGGGCAGAGGCAGCAACGUGUACACUCAUCCCCGCUCCUGCUGCUGGAUUAUUGUCUUUCCAUUCGAUAUUAUCUAGCAAACUGUUUAAUAUUCCUGCAGCAAUGUCCUCGCCGAGAAAACCACAGGGCCGACUCAAACCAACAGGCUGUUGUUGUUUACUUCAUUAAUGCGAACGUCCAAAACUUAUAUUUCGUAUCGUAAUAGUCAAUAAUACGGGUAAAACUAAUUAUAACACACCUAAUAAAUAAAUAAAGGUAAUAAAUAUAUUGAGUAGGAAUAUGUAUCUCUGUUAGUAUGUGACACCAUUCGAAGGUUCCUCAUGUGCCCAACGAAUUGUCGACAACUUUCUCUGAUCUCAGUAAAUUAGAUGACAGCUACGUGUGAGAUGAAACGGGGGGAUUUUCUAAAAAUGGGACAAACCUGUUACUCUGCUGCAGCUCUGUCAGUAGAUUAGGAUAAGAAGCACGUCACAAAAUUAAAGUUACAGGUUGAUAAUUACCCUCCCACAAAUUAUUCUGAAUUGAGUCAUUAUCAGUUUAGUAAUUCAUGCAUCAGGAAUAAAGCUACAUGGCUGCGGAAUUCUGGCAGAAUUGCAAUUAGAGGUGUGCAUGCGGCUGGGGCUUGCUAACUCAUUUUCUCGGUUUGCAUUUAUCCAUCCGGUCUUUUGAUUAUUGGACUGGAGUGACUUUAGUGGACGUGGAAUUGACAUGACUUCUCCGUUCUCCUCAUGGUCAUCUUUAAUUCAACGCCUUCAACCUGCCACUGCCACAAACAAAGUUGAAAGAGCUCGGUCUGUAUGGCUGUGCAUGCAACCUUUCACCUUUCCUUGCUUGCAUACAGAGCGAUGGGGAUGAUGAUGCAACCGUUCCGCUAUUUCUGGAUGCAAAUUAGAAAAUAUUGUUUUCCGGAAAACCCUGGUGGAAAACAAAAGUUCUUUUGCUAAGCUUUUGGAACAAAAAGUUCACAAUUUGAAAAACUAGCAAAAGUUGGACAUAGCAAAUAUUUAACGCUGGACAUUUUAUUGUUGUUACGGCUUUCUCUGUCUUGCCACCUGCUGUGCCACUGUAAAACUUUGUAUGUAAAUUGGGUGGCUAUGUUUUACUACUUUUCGUUACAAUCAGGUUACAUUACAUCAUCAACUAACAGCCACACCCAACAAAAGGGAUGAUCACAAAACGAGCAAUAAAUUGUUUAGGCUGCAUUUGUUAGAUGAGAUUUCAAACGCACUGCAAAGCAUAUUGUUUUAUAUAUCAGGCUUUCACUUCCGAUCGGUUUGGGAGAAUGUAUUUCAUUGGAAUUGUGUAGUUUUGCGGAUAUCCGAGAUUUUCCGUGAUUAUUGAUUCUUAUUGAUUUCGUGGGUUCGGUACUAAAAUAUUAAAUAUAGAAUGUGCAUAAAUUGGUCAGUAAUUUAGCAAUAAUUAAGAAAUCCACUAUACUUCCUCUGGAGCCAUACGGCGGACCAGCAUUAUAGCUAUUAUGAUAUGCAAGUUAGAUAAGAGAAAAAUAGCAUAACCAGACGACACACCUCAUUCUGCUGUAACUUAGGCAAUAAUUUGAAUCACAAUGUUAACAUUUAUCUGUACUGGUCAGUAAUACGACUAAAUACGACUACUAACUACUUCCAAAUAAUAGUAAUUUUUCUUAGUCUCGAAUUUCUAAGCUAGCAUUUUUGAAGUAUCCAGAUUUAAAAAUAGACUAGUUUCACUACCACCAGUACCAUCUAAAAACACAUUCUUUUAGUUUGGUCUGGAAGGAGUGGCAGUAACACACUUGAUGAACUAUGCAUUCACCUUUAGAAAUCUUCCUAUAAAAUCCCAUCAAAUAUUAAUUGGUUUGUGGGGCAGAGAAGGAAAAUAUUAAUUAAUUAUUUAUCUCUCGAUGUAUGUAACACUGUUGCAUAAUAACAAUUUAGCAUAACACAUAGUGCAUAAUAUACGCGACAUUGAUGUUUAAAAUCUCAAAUAUUUUAUGACUCAGAGAAGAAGGAGAAUAUUCACAAGCAAUAAAACGUAGGUAGGACCUACACCCAUGCACCAAGCAAUAAAUCAAACGAGCCACGCUGGCUCUGCCUGACUAUAUGAAACGGUCCUCUAAUUAACUAAUUAUUCCUAACUAUCUCAACAAAUAUAACAACGAUAGCAAUAAAAUUACGAUGUAAAUAUAACUUCAGCAAUAAAAUACUACUUCCUCAACUCCACAUCGAAAUGAAGGAACUUGUGUAACUCAAGCAAUAAUUAUUUAGGUGAAAGUAGUUAUACAAAUGGAUCGAUUUAUUUUACAGUUUCUGAACAUUACAUGCAUUUCACCACAGACGAUCCGCACAGGUUGGCAAAAUAUUUAUUCCUAAUGCAUAACCAAAAUUUCCACUCCUCGCUGCGUGUCCUUGCUCAAACACGGUUUCCGACAAACUGCUAAUCGACAUUUCCUUGUUUUGAUAAUUUACAUUGUCAAAAUUUAAUAUUAACACUGAGACAAACAAAAAUCAACUGGUCAUUCCAAAAGCAAAUAAUAAAUAACUCUGGUCCCGAUAUUACUGUUAGCAAACUUUUUGAAAAUCACACCAUGUCGUCGUAAUUUAGCAAUAACAAACAUUUAUUAUUAUAAUAAAGAUGAAGAAAUGGAAAACGAGCCCCAUUUCACUCAAUGUUUAAUUAAAAGUUGAAUGUGCAUUUAUUAUUUCUUGAUGUGCGCUUAAUGUCUAUUUCUUCACGUUGUUGUUAAAUGUUACAUUAAAAGGAUCAUGUUUAGUAUAUGAACAUAUAGACAGAAUAUACGUCCUUAGUCCAUAGUAAAAAUGUCAUAUUUCUACUGAAUGUAUGCGGUAGCUAAAAAACUAUAAAAAUAAUAAUCUCUCUACACCAUCACACACCAUCACUCUCUCAAUUCGGAACCCCAACUAAUCAAAAAAUUCUCUAGUUAUUAGGAUUAGAUUCAUCGUCUAUACUGUAUUAUGUACGUAGUGUAAAAUUAAAACACUGUAUUUGCUCAAACAAAAAUCAAUGGAAAAAUCAAAAUUAGUAAAAAAAAAAAUAAUCAGAGAAUUAAUUGGCAUCAAUCAAAAUAAAUAAAGACACUUUAAAUUUAGGCGUAGUACAACGCAAAUUACUAAAUAAUUCACUAAAUACUAAACAUGAGGAUGGUUAAUGGUAGUAGCAAAUAAGUAACAACAACAGCAGCAGCAAUAAAAAAGAACAAAAAUUAUUAUGGUGCGUGCAAGUUCGACUUGCCACAACGAAUCAAUAAUUGAUUGGCAUUUAUUCUAUUAAAAAUUGUGUCUAUAUAUGAAUGUGGCUUAAUGUAUAAACUUUUCGUGUGCAUCAUUUGUUCAAAACCUCAAAAUUUCCAUACAUAAUUCGAACUAUUGUAAACAAUUUAAUUAUUUCGCAAAUAUGAAUUGAAUACCUAGUCGAACACACUGGUCUAGUUUGGUAGAGUAGAACUGUGCGUAGAUGAUUGUUCCAGUAAAUAAAUACAUACAUACAAAAUUGACGUUAUCAUAGUGUUGAAUGUAAAGCUGUAAAUUAUAAACGUUGUUGAAUUAUUGUACUAUAAUGUUGUAAGUAUUUGUGUGUUGUUGUACUGUCCACUUAUUUUCUUAUGAUAAAUAAAAGUUUGGGUAAAAGUUUGA